GCACACACCUCCCUGCUAAUCUCAUCCCCUUCGAAGGUGAUUAGCUCGCUCUUUCCGUGCUUGCUUGCCGUGUCGUCACUGCCUUUCGUCCGCCUUCCUCUCUCCACCCUUCACGCCGAAACUCCUGCACAGGGCUUCUUCCCUCGCGAGAGUACUUUCAGUGAUGAGAACGGGCGCUCAAGCAUAGUCGUGCGAUUUGAGGGCUAGAGCGUGACUAAUUUGGUGCGCUGGUGCUUCUUCAGCCUCCCUUUCCGUUUCAGUCGGAAGACCUCCAGCAUCUCGUUCCUCCUCUGUCAGGCUCCAGCCGUGGUUGGUCCGUCCAAUUUAUUUUUUAUUGUGGAAUACUCUUGGUCGUCGUUGACCUGAAUCAAGCUCCAUGGGUGUCGCGAAGACGCUAACGGCGAUUUCGACGGCGCUGGUCGUGCUGUUGUCGCUAGUGCUCAUCGGGACGGGGAUAUGGAUGACAACCAGAUCGGGCGCGACGGAGUGCGUGCAGUUCCUGCGCAUCCCGCUCAUUGUGGUGGGCAGCGUGUUGUGCGCCGUGGCUCUCGCCGGAUUCAUCGGCGCCGUCAACGACAUCGCGUGGCUGCUCUUCAUCUACCUCGCUGUAGUCUUCCUCGCUAUAUGGGUGCUCCUCGGAUUCACAGUGUUCGCGUUUGUGGUGACGAAUCAGGGCGUGGCGGACGCGGUAUCGAACAAGGGCAUCGGGUCCUGGCGGACGACGGACUUCUCCUCGUGGCUGCAGACGCUGGUCACGGAGCAGGCCAAGUGGGCGCCCAUCCAGGCGUGCCUCGCCGCGGGCAACACGUGCGCCGUGCUCAACCAGACCAUCACGUCCGCGUCGUCCACGCUCUCCGCCAUUCAGGCUGGCUGCUGCUAUCCCCCCAGUCCUGCCCCUCCGCAUCUCUCUCCGCCACCUCCCGCGCGGCCCUCCCCGCCAACAUCUCUGCUGACGCAGUCGCCGCAGCUCUCGCUUCCACCGUCAACUCCACGGAUCUGUCUAAUUUGGCCGGCAAUUCCACCGGCGACUGCCUGCUGUACGGCAGCGAGGCGAGCAGGCUGUGCUACGGGUGCGAGGCGUGCAAGGCGGGGUUCCUGAAGACGCUGCGCGACCAGUGGCGCAUGGUGGCGUUCGUGUGCCUGGGCGUCUCGCUGCUGCUGCUCGUCGUCUACAUCGUUGGCUGCUGCGCCUACCGCAGCGCCAAGCGCCGAGAAGGCUUCUUCGGGAAGGUGUAACACGACUCAAUCCAGGAAGGUGUGACGCGAGCAGAAGUCAUCUCAGGAAGGUGUAACACGAGGAGGUGGAAUCUGGUAGCGGAGCAGUAGAGGGCAAAGGAGGGAUGGAGGAGCAGGAGGCACCAACUGGGGGGUUUAUGGAGAGAAGUACUUUAGACAGUCCAAAUAAUGAGGAGGAGUGUAGCUGGUAGUGGAGGGCGCCCAACCAAGCUUAGAGGCACUGUCUCAAUGCCUCCAAUAAAUGGCCCUCCCUUCCGAGGUCACAGGGUAUCCUGGAUCACAGCAUGUUCCCUAGGGUGCUAGGGAAUGGUUAUGAGGCUCGUCAGCCUGUUUCAAAAUUCCUGUAGAAACCAAUUGUAUUGCAAUCCUGGAGAAGACUGUUCUGUAAAGGAAUCCAUAGCUACGUACCACGC